AUGAACCCGCUUGUCUGUAGGAUAUUUGAUGCGUUCCGGAAUCAAACAGACUCUCAACGGACAUUCCGUGAAGUGAUGUUCCUGCAGGAAUUCGGACGACAUCCGAAUGUCAUCAAGCUGUUCAACAUUCACAAGGCUGACAAUGACAGGUACGGCAGACUGGUGUCACGCUUUAUUUGCAAUUACACCAAACUCGUCAACGGCAGGCUGUCAAGAGAUGAGUUGAGGAUACCGUAG